GAGUGCUGAAGCAACACCGGUAAUAAAGCGCUCACUCUCUCUCUCUCUCUCCAGCCGCGUAAAUCUUGCCAUUGUUGAACUUCCACACUCCAGUAUCUCUACUUUGUUCUUGUCUCCCUCUCUCUCUCUCUCUAACCACACUCAAGAUCUACUACUACUCUCUCUCUCUCUAAAUCUCUCUGUAAUAAAACCUCCCAAACUUCCCUCUCAGAUCUCCAGCGCAUUCCAUGGAUCUACAAAAUCAGUUGCAUUGUUGUUUCUGAGCUAGGGCUUACUGUAUCGCACGUUUCCUUGGCCAAUCUCACACAUUUGCGAAGCCAUGCAAUGUUUUGUUCUGAGUUCAGACGGUGAUGAUGAACUCCGCCGACGGUGGAACUCAGGGGACGUCCGGCGAGACUCUGUUGAGGUGUCCAAGCUUGGCGGUUUCUGAUUCUGAGGAUGUUGUAUGUGAAUUUGGUUCUGAAAAGAGAAGAUGCGAACUCUGAUUCUUCUUCCUCUUCUUCCCCUGCUCACUCUGGUCUCCACUAGUUUCUUAUUUUUCACGGAAGAAUCCAUUCAUGUACCAACAGUAAGGCAAAAUAUAAGGAAAAGCUAAAAGAUUAGCAAGGAAAGAGAUUUCAUUUCUUUGGAAGGAAGUGAAGUCAAUGUCAAUGAGUGCAUGGCUUGCUCCACAAUCAGGUGAUACGAGACACCUUCAACCUUUUUUCGUGCCAUCGAUUGUACCUGCACCUUCUCCAACAAAUCAAGAUCGUUCUGCUGGUCCUAGUAGUAUUACCUUGCCAAGACAUCAUCAUCAUCAUCACCAUCAUCAGGUGAAAAGUCAUGCGGCUUCCCCAGCUCCUUCUGCAGUACCAGGUUGUGGUCAGAUAUGCAUGGAGCCACUUACUUCAACCCCCGUUAACUCACCUUGUGGUUGUGUGUUUCCUAUGAAAGUCAGACUUGUUCUGGAUGUAUCUCUUUAUGCUAUCUUUCCAGUCGUUAAUGAGCUAGAGAUUGAGAUUGCUACAGCCAUAUAUUUGAAACAAGAACAAGUGGUUAUAGUUGGUGCCAGUGCUGAUAUUCAAAAUCAGGGAAAAACUGUGGUAGAUAUCAACUUGGUUCCUUUAGGGGAGAAAUUUGAUAUUACCACUGCUACACUGACUUAUGAGAGAUUAUGGGAGAAGAAGGUGCCUUUAAAUAAAACUGUUUUUGGUAAUUAUGAGGUGAUGUACAUUAGUUAUCCAGGGCUUCCUUCUUCACCACCAAUUGGGAGUUAUGCAGGUAGUGGUCCAAGUGGUAGUGCUGGAAAUGAGCAAUUCCCUAUUACUGCAAAUGUUGUCAACAAGAGCCAGAAGAUGAACCCUAGAAUCAUUUUUGUCGUUGUUUUGUCUGGUUUAGUUCUAUCAGUGGUCUGCUGUGCGGCAGUUUACAUCCUCUUGAAAUGCAGGAAGAUUGGAAGACCAUCAAGUGCUGUUGGUCCUAUCUUUACAUCGUCCAUACAUAAACGAUCCGGAAUUGGGUCUAACUUUUCAAGUAGCAUGGCAAGCUCACCAUCUAUAUCUCUCGUUUCCGCCAUGCCUACUUCCAUUCUUUCUGUAAAAACAUUUACACUUGCAGAGCUUGAGAAGGCUACAGGUAAAUUCAGUUCAAGAAAGGUUUUGGGUGAAGGAGGAUUUGGACGUGUUUAUCUUGGAACCAUGGAAGAUGGAACUGAAGCUGCUGUUAAAUUGCUUACGAGGGAUGAUCAGAAUGGAGACCGUGAAUUCAUUGCAGAAGUUGAGAUGCUAAGUCGAUUGCAUCAUCGUAAUCUUGUGAAACUGAUUGGUAUAUGCAUUGAAGAAAAGCGACGGUGCUUGGUUUAUGAGCUUGUUCCUAAUGGCAGUGUUGAGUCCCAUUUGCAUGGUGCAGACAAGAUAAAGGGACCUCUUGACUGGGAUGCACGGUUGAAGAUUGCUCUUGGUGCAGCAAGAGGAUUGGCUUAUCUUCAUGAGGAUUCUAAUCCUCGUGUAAUUCACCGUGAUUUCAAGGCCAGUAAUAUUUUGUUAGAAGAUGACUUCACUCCCAAGGUUUCAGAUUUUGGGUUGGCGAGGGAAGCAACCGAAGGAAGUCAACAUAUUUCUACUCGGGUCAUGGGAACUUUUGGGUAUGUUGCUCCCGAAUAUGCAAUGACAGGACAUUUACUUGUCAAGAGUGAUGUUUACAGCUAUGGGGUUGUGCUGUUGGAGCUUCUCUCCGGAAGGAAACCUGUGGACAUGUCUCAACCUCCAGGACAAGAAAACCUUGUAACUUGGGCACGUCCUCUCCUGACCAAUAGGGAAGGUUUGGAGCAGUUCUUGGAUCCAACAUUGGGCGGAAAAUACGACUUCGAUGACAUGGCUAAAGUGGCUGCCAUUGCUUCGAUGUGUGUUCAUCCGGAGGUGACUCACAGGCCAUUCAUGGGGGAAGUUGUGCAGGCACUGAAACUCAUAUAUAAUGACGAUGAAACUUGUGCAGACUGCUGUAGUCAGAGAGAGUCCUCUGCUGCAGGCUCAGACUUCAAAGGCGAUCUUGUCCCUUCUGACAGCAGUUGGUGGAAUGCUGGUGGAGCGACACCGCGCUUAACUUAUGGGCAUGCCUCUCCUUUCAUAACAAUGGAGUACAGUUCUGGUCCACUCGAAGAAAUGGAAAACAGACCGUUUUCUGGUUCAAAUUUGAUCGGGCCAGGGGUUCCUUUACCUAUCGGACAUGGGAAUAGAUCAGGUCCUUUGAGGACAAUUCGGAGCAACCCAGCCUUUUAUAGAUUGAAGGGUAGCAUGAGUGAACAUGGUGCACUCCUCUCAAGGCCUGGUUGGAAUGAUGAUAAUGGAUUUGAGGCUUCUUUUUAGAGUACUUGAAAAUGUACAGUACCGAAAGACGACGACUAUUCAGAGAAGUGGUCUUUUGGUGUAGUGUAGGAAUUUCGAAUUGCUGCGAUUUUAAUAUUUUGAGAGCGAUAAGAGAGACUUCAGCUUCUAAUUUUUGCUGUCUUCAUUCAUUUACAGACAAACUGAGAUGUGAGUUAGCAGCAAACUCCGUGUUGUAUAUGUGCUACUAUUAUGUUUUUCACAAUUGAAUGAGUACAUGCUUUUAAAUAGGAAAA